AAUGCUAAAUAAUAUUAGGUGACAAAUUAUACGUGUUAGGCUGUGAUUGUUCUCCGCGUGCGAAUUUACAAUCACUGGGGGAACUCUGCAGCCCGCGUUCUCGCGCGGCGAGAGCGACAAACGCCACUGGUACAGUCAGGUCGCUCUCGCCUCGCACAGUGCUGAGGAGCUGUUGUAACUUGUAGCUGACGACUUUGGCGGCGUAGAAAUGGCGGACACAGCUUCAGCUGAAGUUACAAUUUUUGGCACCCUUCAGAAGUGGGGUGGCAGUAUGAUGACAUUCGCACAACAAUCUUUCAACAGCCUCAUGGGAUGGGAGGACCUAGAAGUGGUUGACCCGGAGGCAGAGAAGGCAAAAAAGGGCGAAGAGACGGAGGCGAACGGCUUGCUCGAGCAGGAGCGAAAGCAGGCGUGGGGAACCCGCCAGUUCCAACAGUACAUAGGCGCAGACGUGACGAGUCUCCUCAGCGUCCCGGUGUGGAUUAUGGAGCCCUUCACAAUCCUACAAAAGGCCGCGGAGAUCAUGGAGUAUACCGACCUACUGGACAAUGCGGACACAACCGCUGACGAGUUUGACCGGUUCGCCUGGGUGGCCGCCUACUGCGUGUCCCCCUUUGGAGCGGCGGAGAGGGCCUGGAAGCCCUUCAACCCCAUCUUGGGGGAGACGUUCGAGCUGGCGGUGGGCGACAACGUUCGCUACCUCGCUGAGCAAGUCUCACACCACCCGCCCAUCUGCGCCGCACACGCUGAGAACGGACACUUCCGGUACGACCUGGUUUCGGCGCCCACGACACGCUUCCUGGGCAACAGCCUGGAGGUUUACCCGUACGGACGCACUCGCAUCUCGCUGGUUCGCAGCGGGGAGGUCUUCACGCUGGUUCCCCCUAACGCCAUGGUCCACAACAUCGUGAUUGGUCGUACUUGGGUGGACGCGUACGGCCCAAUGACCAUCAACUGCAUCACCACGGGGGCAAAGUGCCGACUCAACUUCAAGCCCUGCGGCUGGUUUGGAUACGGUCGCUACCAGUUCGAGGGCUUCGUGUACGAUAAGGAGGGUAACAAGCGAGUGAUGCUGACCGGAAAGUGGAACCAAUACGUUGACGCGGUGCGCUGCGACUUCAGCGAUGCCCCACUCCCCGGGGCGGAAGUUCGGCGGCUCUGGACGUGCACCCCCAAGCCCGUCAGCGACUACUACUCCUUCACGCACUUUGCACACAAGCUCAACAGCAGCGAGGGCAUCCGGACACCCCUGCCCAGCGACAGCAGGCGCCGUCCCGACCGCUCCAAGCUGGCAGCAGGUGAGAUGGGCUCUGCGGGCAGUGAGAAGGUGCGGCUGGAGGAGAUGCAGCGGGCCGAGCGGCGAGAGCGGGAGAAGCGGUCGGACAGCUGGGCACCGCGGUGGUUCCGCCGGGUCGAGCAGCCGGAGCUGUAUGAGGGCGAGCUGGAGCUUUCCAAGGUGCCGUUUUGGGAGUUCACAGGCGACUACCUGAAGCUGCCGGAGGCGGAGCCGGGCGUGGCGUCAAACAUCAACGGGAAGGGCUUCUGCCCCUGGCAGUACCCCGACAUGCACGAGCGCCUGUGAGAAUUGCGACCAGAAGCCGCCUUUUUUAGGCCUAAAUGUGCAGGAAGCAGCAGCAGAGAAGGAGCAGCAGUUUCUGCUCGUUUCUGUAGUAGUAGUUGUUGUUGUCAUUUUGUAUUAACUUGUAUUAAUACUUCAGCGGAGACGGCGUUGGUCUGCAUGGCGGCUGUGGGUGGGUAUGGUGGCCCUGAUUUUGUAUUUGUAAUCUUUUAAUAUUCCAAGAUAUCGCGGAGGACACCUUGCGGCUUUCAGAUUAC